CUUGGCGGCAGUCACCUGCUGCAGCAGAGCGGAGCUGGAGGAGAGAGUGAGAGGACGAACAUCAGUGAGUGAGGCUCCCGGGGGUGACUGGAGUAAAUCUUCCCCCCUGAACGCACCACACAUCUUCAUGGCCCGGAUGAAUUCUCGCUCCCGCUUUAAUGUCAGCACACAGGGCGAACGCUUCUGGGGGAGACAGUGGCAGUCCUGCGCCUGCACCUUUUUCUGAAGCCCCCCCAAAAAACCGCAUUUUAGGGGCGACCGCGGACAGUUCACGGUAACAGGCGACGACAGUUCGAGCUCACCUCGCCGAGGGGAUGGAGGUCCACCGUUAAAGGGCUUUUUAAGGGGGGGAACCGGACUCGGUCAAAAUUUCGCCAAAAUUACGACGGGAAUCAAGUACAGCUCCCUGUCUCCCGGUAACGGGAGAGACCACCGGCCGCUCGUGAUGUCUCGUGCCAAGGAGCGGCUGAAAGGCGGGAAUGAGACCAAGGACAGCGUCACUUUGCUGCCGUGCUUUUAUUUUGUAGAGCUCCCUAUCCUGGCCUCCUCGGUUGUCAGUCUUUAUUUCCUGGAACUGACGGAUAUUUUCCAGCCGGUGCAUUCUGGGUACACUUGUAAUGACCGCAGUCUGUCUCUGCCCUACAUCCUGCCCAGACAGGAAGUCUGCCCGCUGCCUUUACUCUUCAGCUUGGCGUUUGCCGCUCCCACCGCCACCAUUCUGAUAGGAGAGGCCAUUCUGUACUGCUAUCUGUCCAGGAGGUCAUCAGCCACGCAGACUGAGGCCAACAUCAACGCUGCAGGGUGUAAUUUCAACUCCUACAUUCGCAGGGCUGUGCGCUUCAUAGGUGUCCAUAUCUUUGGCCUGUGUGUGACUGCUCUGAUAACGGAUAUUCUCCAGCUGUCCACCGGUCAACACACCCCCUACUGGUUGGACGUGUGCAAACCCAACUUGACCCACAUUAACAUGUCCACCUGUGAUGAGGCUUUUAUUCUGGAGGAUAUCUGCUCUGGACAAGACAUGGGGCUCAUCAACGCUGGGAGGAAGUCUUUUCCCUCCCAGCAUGCAACUCUGGCUGCCUUUGCUGCUGUCUACAUCUCAAUGUACUUCAACACAGUGCUGACAGACUCGGCCAAGCUGCUGAAGCCUCUCCUAGUGUUCUCCUUCGUCAUGCUGGCCAUCCUGGCCGGGCUGACCAGGAUCAUCCAGUUCAGAAACCACCCUGUCGACGUCUAUUGCGGAUGGUUACUGGGAGCUGCCAUCGCUGUUUACCUGGGUGUGUAUGCAGUGGGGAAUUUCCAGCCCAGUGAAGAUCGGUCCAGAAGUCGACCACCUGCCCCUACCCUGAGGGAGCCCCCCCUCUCCUCCCUGCCCAAUGUCAGCCAAUCAGCAAUUAGCAACAGCCACCAAGGUCACCACACCCUUGCUCCAAGCCAACCAGAGCCCAUCAUCACGAGGACCUCUUCCCACACUUUGUCCCCCCACCGGCCAGAACCCAUCCUGACACGAAGCUCCUCCUACCGAGAGCCCUCUAUGUCCAAUCUGAAGAGAGCAAGUGCUGAGGUGGAGGUGAUAACUCCGUCUAGUCCCAUGGGCAACCAUGACAACAUGAUGACCUUCAGCAGCAGCACAUUACCAAGAUCCCACGGAGGCUCCUCAUUUGAGGAGGGACGCAUUCCUCGGCGUCACGCCUCCAUCCACACCUCAAUGGACUCCACUCGAUCCAAACAGCUGCUCAGCCAAUGGAAGAAUAAAAAUGAUAACAGGAAGCUGUCCCUGCAGGUGAUGGAUGGAAUAAGACCAACCUCCUCCUCAUCUCCUCAGAGGAACAUGGAGCUACGCUGCUCCUCUGAACCUUCUGCCAUGGGCCUAGAGGCAGAGCUCCGUGGUGGAACACACCUGCCUUCAGUCACUGGUCAGGAAGCAGAGCUGCGUGCUGGGGCCCACAUCCCAGCUCAGUACAUGAAACUAGCAGCAAGCUCUGUUCCUAUGGCCAAUCAUAAUCACCUGGCACAUAAUGGCAGCACCGGGUUGGCUGGUGGGGCCAGAGUGUCUAUCCAAUCACGACCUGGGUCUUCCCAGCUGGUUCACAUUCCUGAAGAGGAAAACUUCACCAGCAGAGAUCAGGAGAGUGAAUCAGAGGACAGUAUUAUGGAUGGGGGCGGGUCAGUGAGGGAAAAGUGGCUGAGAGUGGCUGAGAAGACCACCAUCCCCUGUAGGCCGCUCAGUGCUGGAGGACAGCCUCGUCUAAUGCAGGUGAUAACCUUAUCCAAACAGCAGGGCCUGCUGCACUCUCCUCGGUCGGAGGAUGGUGGCAGCACUGUCAGCUGCACCGGAUCCAUUCGGUACAGAGCUCUGACGGACCAGGAUCCAUCACCGCCGGCCUCCACCACCGGAGCAGUGGGAGGAGGAGGAGGAGGUUUGGAAAGAUCUGGCAGUAUAGUCCGUGUUGAAGCUCACCCAGAGUCCAGAUCACACAAACCCGUGGUGAAACCCCCGAGCACCGAUGGAAGUGGCUCCUGGCGAUGGAAGCCCCCAGAACAACGACCUUCACUUCGACAGUCAGCUUUCGCCCUCAAUGACCUGAACAGACACACGGACAGCUGUGAUUCUCUAAGGGAUGGAGGGUCAGUGGAUGGGCGGAGGAGUGUGACAGGGACUGAAACAGAGAGCGAAGGGGGAGGAGACGGAGGGGGAGGAGGAAUAGGAGGAGGGGGAGGGGUAGGAGGAGGUGUAUACAUAAACCAUCCACAUGUUGUACACCCUUUACAUCACAAUUUUAACCCCAACAAUCCCAAUAAUCCCAACUUUAAUAACGCUCACUUCAACUUCAACCCCAACUCUCCUAACUCCAACAUGCCGUUCACCCCCCCUGCCAGCUUUGCUCCUCCCUUCCACCCCCACCCUCAGGCCAUCACCACCAUCAGGGUCACCCCGGUGGAGGGAACGGCCGCCAGCAGCGACGGCGGCUCAGAUUGCCAGUCGGUCGCCUCGUCCAGCCGUGAGUCCACCCUGAGGAGGAAGAGCGGCUCCCACAUUGUCCAUGUCCCUGAGCGAGGGCCCACCCCCGACCUCCACAACAACUACCGCCACAGUGAUGACGGUAACCGCCCCGACAAUGAAAGCAGCAACCGUUUCCACGAAAACCUUCGAAGUUUUCAGGAAAACCCCAUCCACCCUAACCUGCCAAACCACCCCAACAGGCAGAUGCAGGGGAUGUUUGGUCGUCCCAGUCCAACCCCUCCCCCUACCUUACCCCGCCCCAUCCUGACUCACACUCCACCUCCUACUCUGGGCCUGGCCUAUAAAGAAUGACAGAGUUAAGUUCAUCCAUCGACACCUGUGAUAACAAUGUGUGCUACUUUCAACGGAGAUACUGCUUGGGCCAUUCAGAACUUCAGAAAUGAAGGGAAAUUGGGUUAAAUCUGUCUUAUAAGGGGUGGCCACAAAUCCUACCCACAACCUCUCACCUGACCAAUCAGGGCACAAUAUGUGUGUCUCCCCGCCCCAGCACCCCAGCUGGAUAAAUGUUGUCUUACUAGGAGACGUACUGAAGGCUCAUAAAACCUACUAGCAAUAGGUUCACCAUCUAGUUUGAGUCACAAGCCAUAGAAAGUACAAACACAAUUAUCCCCAUCCCCAGUCUCCAACUGGCCAAUAAGAAAGGACUAUAGUUAAGGCUUAACAUAUUUGGGGUGAGUUUGAUUCAACAUUAUGGGUUUUUUUUUAUCUUGGACUGCUGUGUACACCAAUUUUUUUGUAAAUGUGAUAAAUUGAGUGCACUUGCUUCAUAGGCACAAGGAAAAUGGGCUAAAUAAACUGAUUGUCCUUUGACUCACUCUGAAGGAGAGAUUCCAGCCUCCUCAGUCUGUCCCAUAGCUCCCUGCCAGCGAGGAUGGAUUCAGCCUAAUGACUCCUCUGACUGCUAGGUCAGCUGUAAAUGGGAUCACAUUCUUAUCACAACAUUCAUACACACAGUAUAUUCUCAGCUUUUAUCCUGGUGUCAAACACAGGGACUGAUAUGUAAACCUUUACAGUGUAACCACAUUAGAUGGAAAUUUGAACUCAAAGCCCAUAACUGUGCUGUGUUUGUACAUAUGAUUGUGGGUUGCCACGGUGGAAAUUAAAACCCACGGUCUUGAUUGUGUCUGGGCUACAAGGAGUCCCUUUUGGGCAAUAAUGGUAUCUCUUACUUCAUGGUGGUAUUGUGUUUGUGUUGGAUACGAACAAUAUGAUGGGGCAUACAUUGUGUUUAAAUAUAGUAAAACAAGCGCUCUGUUUUUUACAUGCUGUGUUUUAAUGAUGUGCAGUAUAUCAGUUAUCCUUACUGUGUAGUAGCUGUACUGUACACCGACACAAGCAGCAUGUUAAUCAUCUGAACAAACUUAGACUAUACACACGUCCAAAGACUGAAGGAAGUGAAGUGUUUUGUUUUCUUCAUUUUGGUUAAUUUUAUGAAGUUAUCAUGUCUCCCAGCAUUACAGAGUGGGUGUUACUGCAGUUGAGUUUUAGGGAAACUUUUGGGAAAAAAUACAUCUAAUAUUUAUAGAAUAAAGUCAUGAUAUUUUGAGGAAAAGGUUGCAAUAUUAUAAUAAUAAAAUGUAUUUCAACGCCACAGUACAAUAUUACAAGAAUACAGUCCUAACAAACAGGAAGAAAGAUUGUAGUUUUGAAAAAAUAUUUAAAUAAUAAAGUGUAAUUUUACGAAAAUGUAUACUACAAUACAAAAGUUUUAUUGUAAUGACAUUACAAGACAAUGCUUUAAUUUUAGUCAAAAUAGUUUAAACAUUUUUAUAAUUUACAAGAAUAAAGUGUAAUUCUACAAGAAUGUAUGAUACAAUACAAUUUUACAAAAUAGGAUAACACUACAAGAUAAAGUUUAAGAAAACAAAAUGUACACAAGUGUAACUGUACAUUAAAAGUCAUAAUAUAACAAGAAUCAUUUCUUAAUCAUAUGAGAAAAGAACUAAGUUGCAAUUGUACAUGAAAGUCAUUAUAAGAAUAAAGUCAUUAUUUUGAGAACAUUUUGUGAUAUUUCAAGAGCAACAAAAUGUCUACUAGCUUUUUUUAGCAUUGCCCAGCUGUCCAUGUUGUUGCAGACUUGACAUGUCUGUACUAAAAUCUUUGGUGCAUAUUAUAACUUCAGAUCCUCAACAACUCACCUGUUUUCUACAAUAGAAUAUGAAUAUCAAAAUAUAUAAUUUUACAAUUUCAAUCUCGAAAUAUGAUUCAUAUUUAUAUUUCUUCUUAGAAAAUAAUAUUUUUUUCAUAAUAUUGUGGCUUUCUUUUCUGGACUUUACUCAAAUUAUAAGGUUUUUGCGAAAUUACACCUUAAUACUCAUACUCUUAUGACCUUUUUUUCUAACAUUAUGACUUUUUUUCUCACCAAUUUAUUCUGAAAAUCAGUGGGAGCAUAAUAUUCCUCACUAACUUUGCCUUGGUAUUUUGCAUGAGUGGUUGAUAUUAUGAAGUACAAACCAUUCUGACAUUUCCACUCAUGAAUAUUGGAGAAGAAUAACCUUAAAAUGUUAUGUUUAGUGAUUAGCAGACACAACACACGAUUCGGACUAUUUAACACACAUUACUUAUCAUUUUCUGAGCCCAGUGUUUACAUUCUGUUUAACUUAGUGCCCAAGUGCCAUCAAAAGAAAAGUCAUGUGACUGUGGGCUAGUCACAUAGAUAUACUGUGUUAGUGCAGGGCUGUAAUGGAUAAUGUAAAACUGCCUUGGGCAUAGAGUUUGAAGAAUUUGAGAAAGCACAAUUGCUGCAGCUCGAUGACAGUGGAUAUUUAUAGCUGUGUACAUAUCUGUAUCAUUUCUGUAAGCUGCCACAUGAUGAUGUUUCUGGAGAUGAUGAUGGCCCUGCAAAUGGCGUUGUAAAGAGCUGUGUUGUUUUUAAUGGAAUGCACGAUAGUUAACAGGACAGGACUUAUUCUAAUGGUUCAACAUUUAUUAUAGGGAGUAAUUUGGUUAAACAAGCUGAUAUAGGUAUAUGUUUGAAUGUGACAAAUGCGUUUUAUUGGCAACUCAACUCCUUUACAUUCUGUUCCCUUUAACAUGAAAGAAUGGACACAGAUUGGUCAACAAGAAACGUUGUCAAUGUUUGAAGAAAGCAUUCAAGAAGGUUUCUGUGCUCGUUCUUGCAUUGAUCUAGUUUGGUGUGUUCUUGGAUUUUUGGUUCUCUUGCUGUCAUUAUUCUUUUUAGCUGGAGGUUUGGAGAGAACAGGCAGACAAUUUGGAAUUGUUUUGGAAAAAUUGUGUAUCACCUGUAAUUACACCUAACUGAACACUGCUCACGUCAUGUAUUCGACGACCUUGGAAUGAGGGCUGAGAAAUUUGUAAGAGAAAUUAAGGUGGCCACGUAACUCACGAAAAACACAAAUGACCCUAUCUAGAGCCAGUGUUUGGUUUUUCCAUUCUGGGCUACUGUAGAAACAUGGUGGUUCAAUAUGGUGGACUCGCUCCCUCUGUAGAUAAAAACAGCUCAUGCUAAUAAAAACACAAUUCUUAUUUUCAGAUGAUUAUACACUAAUGAAAACAUGCCUAUGAAUAUUAUAUUCUAUUUCCGCCUAUAGAUCCUCCUAAAUGUUACACACUUGGACCUUUAAUGAGCAGGACAAAGUGUGGUCAAUUUUUGGUUCAUGACCCUCUGGUUCUCACCCCUCAGGCUGACUUUAGAAACAGAUGUUGUUUAGUUGUCAUGUAGUAGAAAGUCUUAACCAUUUAACAGUCUAAAUUGUCUACACAUAAUGCACCCCUUAUCCAAAGCUGAUUUACCUGCCUAAAUCAUUUACAAACUCUUGCACUUCUCUUCUGACACAUGUAAAUGGUAGGAUACAGUUGUAUUAUUAUUCUAACACAGCCCGGAGGAAUGUAAUGAAUCUGAUACUCCCAUAAAAGUUCAUUAUUUUUGCACUAAUCUGUGCAUACAUUCUGUGAGGCCUAUAUGUUCGAUUCCAGUCCAUUUCCAGCAAUUCAUGUUUUGCAGUGAGACUGUUUAACAUGAAUACUGAGAUAGACAGUAAAACAGUCCCCUUAAAAAUUACUAAUCACAUCCACAAAUGUGUUAUUUAUCCCUGUGUAUAGCCUUGGAGAGAGAAGUAUAUUUUGAUAUGAUAGAUGUUGUGGAAUGUGGUUUGUGAUCAAACGCAAAACAUUUUAUCUAAUUUGAUGUGAAAGGCAUGUCAGUGGAGUAUAAUUUCAGUUCAAUAAGCUACCCUUACUCAUAUUUAGUUUCAAAAUUUUGCAUUUUGAGUAUGGUUUUGUGUGCUUUUAGCAAGAGGAACAAAUAUUAAUUUGAUAGGAAAAUUGAAUGAGCUUGGUGUAGUGGAAAUGAGAAGUUGAUUUUGGUAUACUGAUGUGUCUGAUUGUGUUUGCAAGGGAAACCUUUGAAUUAUAGCUUAUUAAGAAAGGCAAACCAUCAAUAGUCAGAGUAUUGGCAGCAAAAGCUAACAGCAUGUUUAUGUUCUUAUGUUGUAAUGUCCUUAAGCUAUGGUUCUCAUCUGAAUUCCUUUUUUUAGUAUGGUAUUUUUUGCCAUUUUCAUUGUGGACAUUGUUACCUAAUUGCAGUUUCAGCGUUGGUAUGUUUAAAAUCAUGGUUGCUAACUAAUGUGUUUUGAAUGAAGAUAAUGGGAAGUACAACUUACAUGAAAGAUGGCUGGAUUUGAUGGUUUGAGUAAGAGGAUGUACAUUGCAACCCCAGAAUCCAAGCAAAUUUGUGGAUACCAAAAUGGAAAUGGAAAAGUUUCAAGUACAGUGAUUGCAUUGAAACUCCCCUUUAAUGUGCAAUCUGCCCAGCUCCCGGCACAUGAUGACAUGGUGAGCCCAAGAAUUAGCUUUUUGUUGAAAGAAUGUCACUGCACCUGAUCAUUACUGCCACCAAAGUAAGGCCCAGCAGCUGAAAUCAGGGGCAGAGGAAAACCACUUCUGCUCCGUCCUCUUACUUUGGCUUUUGAGUGUAUAGUAAUGAGAUCUAGUUGUAUUGUGCAAUUUGCUAUUACAGAAAUAUAUUCUGUGAAAUUCAGAUGAUAUUGUAUAUAUCUCUGAAGCUCACAUUGUCGUUAGCCGGCUGUUUUAUUAACUGCAGCUUGUGCACCCUGGAACUCCAGUAAAAAAUGUUUGCAGCCUUAACUUAUCAAAUUUCAAUUUAGCCCUUGUUACUAUUAUAUGAUAAGGGAUUGAACUAUCUGAUGUUGAAGUCUUUAGUUUGGAAAUGGUACUGAUAAUGAACUAGUUGAAUGGGGGUAGCAGUUUAUUAGCUUACUUGCAUAUUAAGGGUACCUGGAUUGUUACGCUAGCAGCUACAUAGCUAGCCUUCAUACUACCUAUUGUUACACAAUAAAGCUGCAGUAGAUCAUUUUUAUAUCAUAUAUUUGCUGCAACUUUCACUAUAUCCUGACAGCAGUACUUGAGACGGAUAAUCGGUGAAAAAAUCUGGUUCCUAAUUUGCAAGAAUCCACCAGGACCGAACAAAAACAACCAAUCAGAGCCAAGAAAGAUUGUUGAUUGUUGAGUCUCAUUCCCAGGGCAUCAAAUACAGACGCUUUGGGACUCUGGGAAUGAGACUCAACAAUCAACUAUCUUCAAGCCACCAACCCAAAGCGUCUUUAUAUUUUUCCAGACUCUGAUUGGUUGUUUUUGUCAAGGUCCAUUAGAUUCUUGUAAAUGCCGUUAGGAGCACUAGGAGGAGCCAGAGGAACCUGAAGUUAUUUUUAUAAAAGUAACCUACUGCAGCUUUAAUGGCCUCCUGGUGUUCAAAGAUUUAACCAGCUGGUGAAAGUUUGUUAUAAAAAAUAAAUCAGAAUGAAUGUGAAUGAUCCACAGUUAAUGUCUUAUUACUAAUAAUCAGCUAUUUUUGUCUUUUCUUUCAUUGAAUCUCUAUUGAUAUGACAUAUAUAUAUAUAUAUAUAGAUAUUUUUGAUUAGUAUAUGUGAAAGAGAACUUUUUAUAUCUGCUUGUCAAAUGUAUUGCUAAUUGCCAUGGCAACCAGUUGCACUCAUAUGAGCGCAUGGUCGGUUAAACCUUACAGUUAGUGCUAUAGCCAGCCGAGAAGGAAAUCUUAACACUGAUGGUACUAUUCUGCAACUGUCAUUUGAGGAUCCUGAAAGCAGUUAAACAUGAUUGACACUUUGCAUUUCUAUUGCAAGUCAGUCAGGAAACCAGCUGCUGGAAUUCAGUUCAUUUUCUAUGACUUUCUGUGACUCACCACUGUUGCCUCACAGCAGACAGGUCAGAUCAGCUGUAGGUCUUGCAUGCUCUUAAAACACACUGAUACACGAGAGAGCAGUUUGGUUUUUCUCAUCAGACAAAGGAUUCCGCCACUACGAAGAGAUCCAUUGUGGAAUAAGAUACAUGUAAAGAAUGUUAAGGAAUAGUUCAACAUUCAGGGAAAUACACUUAUUUGUGUUCUCUUUGAGAGUAAUAUGGGUAGAUACUUUUUGUUAAAGUAAAAAAGAGUGUGUCAGUAAGAUGGAUCUCCAAGACCCUAAUUUCUGCAGUAAACAGAAUAAAUGUUCUCGUGUCCCAAUCCGGAGAGAGAACUCCAGAAAGAGGCAGCCCGAAAGGGCAGGCAGCAGAAUUUGAGUGUAGUGACACAGCAAGGAGGGAGUCAGGUUGUUAUUAGCCUAGAUUAGUAUAAAGACUAAAAGCACAGGGAAACAGCUAGCCUGGGACCGUCUAGAUUUCAAAAACACACCUACCAGAUUACGUAACUCCAAACACAAAGAGAAAUGUGAAAAUGUGUAGUUUUUAGGAGAGUUACACGCAACAACAGUUCUCUUGGAAAGAAAGUAAAUUAGCGUAUAUCCGACAGUGUGGCACUAUUUCUUUAAUACAAUCUGCCAUCCAGCAAGACUGUAACCAUGUUACUGAAAUGUAAAACAAUACUAUUAUAUAUCAUCAGUGGUUACAAAAUAUUAUACAGAACUGAUUCUGUAAAACUGUCCAAUUGAAUUCUUGGUGUAGGUUUAGGUUUGUUGUUGUAUUUUUUUUCUAUCAGAUUUAUAAUCAGUUGACAUGAGCUACUAUCUGUUUAUAAUGAUCAACAACAGUAAUGGUUUGCUGUUUCUAUUGCUGUAAAUAGACAUUUGUAUCUUUAUACUCAUCAGUAUAUCUUGUGCGUGAACCCAGACUGAUGGUUUGGGUCGUUAGCUCGGUGGGAAAUGCUAAUGUUUAGCAUAGACUAAAAGACAUUUUCAACCAGGCCUGGAGCCAAUUCAAGUCCAUCCAUCCACAACCUGAACAGAUACUAGUGUCCAGUCUAUAGCCCACUGAUUUUUAUGUACUGUUUAGUUGGCUAUAUGGCUGUCUCAUGCCACAAAUGUUACUGUAAUUACAUUUUGAAUUCCAAUUCUAGCGUUCAGUGGAUUGAACCCAGGCCUCACAUCUGUUUGGUACACUACAAGACUUCUAACAUUUUAAUAGAAAGCGUUUAUUACAAAAAAAGCUGCUGUCAUGUGAAUGCCUUGGAACUCCUAUUUAGGUGUAAUUUUCCACUUUGUUUCAUAAUCCGGUGUUUCAUUUAAAAAUGCCUGUUUGUAUUCAUCAGGGCUGUCACUUUUUAUUAGAAAUUAGAAAAUUUGUUUCAACAUGGUUAAUUUUCAAAGUGUGAUGACCUUCACACAGCUUCAAUCAGCUCGACCUAUGGCAUUGCCCUGUUGACCUCUCAGUAAACUAAGCCAAUAAUGUUAUGUUGUUUACUACAAAUAUGGAGGACAGUAGCGAGCAAAGCUGUUCAGAGCAGACACUCGCGACACCAAAGUAUCUGAGAAGCAGUGUGCUUCUGACUUUGCAUACAAUGCAGCUGUCUAACUCUACAACUACAACAAAUCCUCACCCAAGUGAGGCAUUGGAGCCGCAGACGAGCGGAGCAAUGUCAAGUGUAAAACCUCGUCUGACUGCUACUAUUUGGCACACUCGCUUCAGCAGAGCUGUGCCAGAGGCUCGUAAAAAUGCCAUGAAAUAGCACAAUUUAUAUGCAAAGAUAUGUGGCCCAUUGGUGUGGUAAGACCAAAUGUUUUAUCCUUUAGUACAGUCUUUACAUUAUGUUUUCCCAAGUGGUGUCGUACAGUACUUUGUGUUUUAAGAUAUUUUUUUAACUUCAUUCAAACGAAUUGCGCGUCAUUCAAAAGUCGUUUGAACAUGAUUUCUGGAAAAAGUGACAGCCCUAGUAUAAACGCAAGCCUGGUUAUCCUGAAAGACAGCUGUCUAUGUUAGUCCUGACAAGUAUUCUUUUUUGGAAGUUUGAAGUUUUUAAAGUUUUGGAACGUGGUUAUAAACCUAUCAAAGUUAUAGAUCAUGCCGAUAGUUGUAGGAAACAUUGAUACACACUGCAGUUAUAGCUAUGGUCUUCAGUAUAGCUUAGACAGGCUUUGCUGCGAGACCCAGAAAUGAGUAAAUCAGCCUGAUAAGUGAGGCCAAGAGGAAAUGUCACUUGAUGGAGAUAAAAUGUCACAACUUAUAUUCAGUGAGUAUUUAUGGAAUUCAGUAUCCGUGUGGUCACUGUCAGCUGCUAUGUUUACAUGUACACUGUUCACACUAUUCUGUAUAUUUUAUUGUGUUGUACAGUAAAUGUAUUGGCAUUGUUGGUUCUCUUAUAUGCACCAUACCCUUUUAGAGAGUUACUCUAAUAGAGUGCUGCAGGAAUGAGUCCUAGUUAAGUGACCUAGAGUUAACACAACUGACGAGAUUUUCACGUUUUGUUCUACAACAUAAAAAAUGUCAGUAAAUACCCCACCUGUCAAUUUUGAAGCUUUUACAUGUCUAAAAAAAGGCAGUUGGUAACAAGUGGCUAAAUGACACUACAGAGGCUGAUGAUGAUAUUAAACGUCAGUACGCUGAACACUUUUUUCAAUUUUUAACUGGUUAUGACAGUCUCAGUUGAAUACUGAUGUCUCUAUAUGAACUACAUUAACAAACACAACCAUCAGAGAGAAGAUUGGCAUUUAUAUACAGUUAUUCUUAGUGCCUUUAUACAGUUGAAUUUCCCUUGAAAUCAAUGAAACUAACCCCCCCCAAAAAAAGUUCCUUUUUACUUCUGGCAAUCGCAUUUACGCUUCAAAAUCAUAAAAGUCAUGUUCAUCUGUCAAGAUUAUCUUGCUGAACAAAACAUGUAAGAAUCAGAUUUUUUUCUGCAACAACCAAAAUCCAAUGGAAAAAUGUUGUUGAAGUAAACAGGACGAUGUUAACUUCUGAGUUGGCCUACAAAAACACGCUAUCCCUGCAGCUUUCUAUAGGAUAUAGUGUAUAUAAGCUAGCCUUAUUCAGCAUAAAGCCUGGAAUCAGAGGGAAUCCUGGCCGUAACUGGGAUCCAGAUAAUAUGUACAUGUAACGAUAGCUACUGAAAUGAAGUCGUCUCAUACAUUCUGACUGUAACGCUCUACAUUUCACAAGAAAACACAGUCCGCUCAUCAUGUGUGGACAACAGAAGUGUUGAAUCGAGGCAUGUUUUAUAAGUAAUAUUGACUUGCAUUGGGACUGGGAUUAUUUUGUGCUAUCACAUCAUAUUUGGGCUACGUUGAGGGCUGACUGCAGUGUGACUGAUAACUGUUACAUUUGAACUGACUGACACGUACAAGAGUGACAGUGUACUGAUAAUGACAGACAUCCAACAAGUAUCUGUUUUCCAGUGGUGUCUCUGUAACAAAAUAAAAGUUUGAUAUCAAA